AUGCAGAGUGCAUGUCAUGUUCAACCAGUACUUGUAGCUUAUGAUACAUCGGGUAAUAUUAUAGAAAAAUUAGGUUCAAAUGAUCAACCAUGGCCAGUUGUUGCUAGUAUAUUGGGCUCAUCAAAUGCAAGUGUUCAUGGUGUUAUUGCUAAUUAUUCAGAUGAACAAACACAAUUUUCAACAUUUGGUGCUACAGCAACGGAUUCAUAUCAAAUUCGAUUUGCUUUUAUACUACCACGUGCAACGGUUUCCUUUUAUACUUCAUUGCAACAUCAAGGCAACGGUUCAUUAAUAUUCUCAUCGUCAUCAACAGCUAUUGUUAAUUCGACAGCAGGUACAAUAACAGCUACAAAUUUGGCAAUUAGUGAAAUUGGAAUGUAUAUUCUUAGUCUUGAAAUAAAAUCAACAAACAAUCAAUUCGAUAUUCCAUUUAUGCCAAAUGCUGUCUUAGUUAAAGGAAAUUCAACUACUCUGGAAACGUUUUUCAGUGCUCCACCAUCAUAUAUAACUUUCAAGGGUGACUAUUAUGCAAUGGUAUCAGCUGGUAGUGUCAAAUGUAGUUUCGGCACAAGUAGUAGGUGCAUAGGUGCAGGUCAGAAUUUACGGGCAGGUAUUACUACAUUGACGACAAGCGGUGUAAAUAAUUUAAAAGUUAUUGAAGCAAAUAUUGACGCUCGAUCAUAUAUUGCCUCAUCAAGUUCAGACGUCAGUUCAAGCAAUCGCCAAGGAUCGAAUGUAGGAUUAAUUGUUGGUUUUACUGUGGGUUUUGGUUGCUUUGCUAUUUUAAUAGUUAUAACAGUUGUUGGCUAUCAAAUAUAUACGGUUACAUCACCAGAUUUAUUAAACUUAGACACUAAUGACUAUGAUGCACCAUUACCAAAUAAUAAAAAGCAACCACGAGUUCCAUCAGCUGCGCUUAGUGUUACUUUGUUGGAAAAUAUGUUGUCAAUCAACAACAUUCCAAACGAACCAAUGCCACCCGCCGUAUUUAUACAAUUUGAUUGCAAUUACCAUAACGCGUCUUCUUCAUGA